CGGGGGGGGGGGGAAAUUCAAAAGCCGAGACUUGCUGCUGGACCAGUGAUAUACUCUGGGCAUCCUAUGUAUGUUCAGAACAAAAUGAGCAAGUGCUCUAACAGUUAUUGAAGAUUUACUGGGUGUAGAUGGAUUUUGCUUCCAGCGUAAACAAUGACAAAUCAAGAAUUUAUUGUACUGUAUACUCAUCAAAAGAUGAAGAAAUCAAAAGUGUGGCAAGAUGGAAUACUGAAGAUCAGUUUCUCAAGAAAUAAAGCAACUUUAUAUGAUGACAAAGGACAGUGCUUGGAGAGUUUAUUUCUUAAACAGUGUGAGAUGAAACCUGGAGAUGACUUAGAGACUGAUCGAUAUUUAAUCACCAUUGAAGAUGUAAAAAAUGUUGAAAACAUCCCUAGCAAUUUAGAAGCUAAAAUGGAAAUACCUAUGUUGAAGGUACAAAGAUUGAAACCUUCUAACAAGCCAAAACCAUGUCUACGUACUGGUUUAAAAAGAAAGUUUAUUGGAUUCCAAGGACCACGUCAAAUACCAAAGAAAAUGGCCACCAGAGAAAAUGAUGAAUCAGCUGCAUCCCUUUUAUUUAAGGAAUCUUAUUCUACUUCAUCUUCUCUGUUCUCUUGCACACCUCCAUUAUUUUCUACUAUUGGAAAGAACAAUAAGGAUACUGUUAUGCCAUCUGACUGUAACAGUAUCAUUGAUUACAAGAAUGGCAACACCACUGAUGAGUCUAUCUCCUUACUUCUUUCAUCCAUCACUUCUAGCAAGAAGGGUUUCUAUGAAGAUGAUUGUUUUUUUCUCAAUUCUGUAAGGAGGAAAUCAGACUCUUCAUUGGAUAAUGAGUACAUGAAAGAAGAUAGUCUGACAACCAAAGACUCAGACAUUUCACAGAACACCAGAAGCAAAGAAAAGAUUUUAGCACUUCUAAAGUCCAAAUCAUCUCCAACUUUGGAAGUUAUAGAAUGUUUUCCUCCUGGAAAGUUAACAGAAGAAAUAAAAGAUUCCCUUAAAUCACAAUCCAAAACAGGAAGAGAAGAGAAAACAGAAAAGAAUACCACAAUUAUACCUCAUCAGCUUCAUUUAGAGAAUGAUGUAAGAAAAUUAAGCCAAUGGGAUAUUUAUUUACCAAAUAAUUUAUCUAUAAAUUCUUCUGAUGUAAGUAAUACCAAAGGAAAAUCUGAGGAUGACAACUUAGAUUUAGAUUUGAAAGGUCCUUUUGAACAAAAAAUGUAUCUCUUUGCAACUGGUUCUGAAAAAAAGGUUGAGUGUAUCACAGAUAAUCAAAUAUAUAAUGAUGACCGAACCAUCUGUAAUCAGAAAAUAAAUUUUCAGGUAUCUUCAUCCUGUCAAAGUGAGUUGGGAGAAGGCUUACCAGUUGUCUAUAGCAAUAAUGAACACCAUUACUUAUCAAAGUCCAAGAGUGAAAUGCUAUUCAGCAAUGAUUAUCCAAAAUGCAUAAAAGAAUCUGUUUUCACUAGAAAAAAUACACAGGAACUAAAUGAAACUAGUGUGCCAAAAAGAGAAAGUCACCAAAAUCAUUCUUUUCAGCUAGAAAAGCAAUAUCCACAUCUACAAAAAGAUUCUUCUUGCAUAAAUAAUAAUUUAGCCAUAUCUGAAAAUUUGGCCACAUUUCUUUCUAAAAGUAGAGCUGAAAAUGAAAAUAUUAAUGUUAAUACAGAUUGGGACAGCAAACCAGAAACAUUUUUGGAGGUAACUUUCAAUCUGAACAAUAUUGAUAUCAGUGACACUGAGGAAGAAUCACAAAACAGCAUCUUUUCUCUGAGUUCUGAACAUUGGCUAAAGAAAAUUCCAUCUGAGGACAAUAUUUGUGCUGAAGGGAAAUUCAUUGAUAGCAAUUAUAGUCGAAAAGAUGACAACGAACAUUUUUCACAUUUGAUAACUGAUUCUAGUCUUCCAGCAAAAUAUCCCAGUAAGAAAACUCUAUCUUCACAGAUUUGUACUGAAACUGCAAUAGAUUUUGAAAGAAUUGGAAAAGCCAACAAACAAUUUACAGAAGUAUGCUGUUUCUCAGAUAUACAGGAACCCUUUAAUCUGUAUCAAGAUUCUACUCAACAGUCUUCUUCCUUGAAAGAUAAAGAAGAGAAUUCUUUUAUAGCUCUUAUACCUAAGGAAAAAGAGAGGAAGUUCUAUAAACCUAAGGGAGUUGAAUUUCAGGGGCACCAAGUGGUAGGAUCAGCUUCUAGUGAGGUAAUGAUCAGAGGACCCAGUUCUCAAAUGGAGUGGAAUCAAUAUCUAGAUAGUGUGGAAUACAAGAGCUUCACACAAGGACCUUGCUUUUUGACACCAAAGUUGCCUAGUAGUUGUAUGAUGACUGACUUCUUACAGCCCUCAGAUGGAGAAAACUUUUUGGAAGAAGGUCUAAACUUCAGAGAAGAAGAGGAUUUUCAGAUGUCAACUGACUUUAUUAAGGACCCAAAUGAAAAUAAUACUUUUUUGGAUUUCCCUUUUACUGAUUCUGGCAAUACUGUGUCAUCUUAUUCUUUGGACCACAAUUUGAAGUUAUCAGAAGGGUCCUCAUGGGAAAUAAAUAAGAUGAUGUCACCAGUACAAAGGAGACUGAUCCCAGACUCUACCUUUCCUUUGAGCCUGAGAAAUGAAGAAAUUAUGAUAAACUUACCUGAGUCUCUGAAAGCAAGAACUUCAUCUGGAGUGGAAAAAUUCAAUUGUUCAGAAAAAGACAAUGUCCAAAGACUUCAGAAAGCUCAGGUACCACUUAUUACACUGUGUCCUGUUAAAGUACAUUCUCAAUCAGAAAACUGCUCAUAUAGAAUGGACUCAGAAGUACAGAAGUCCUUUGGUAGCCCCAUCCUUGGCUCAUCUAAGGAAUCAACAGGUUAUCCAGUCAAUUCCUUUGGCCCUGAAAACAGGAAUAGGGAAGUCUCUGUUUCUCAAAAGUCUGGAGAAGUGACACCUCUAAGGCUUUCAUUCUUCUCUCUGGUACCUCCUCAAAGCAAACAAAGCAAGUGGCUGAAAUAUAAAAACAUGUCUCAAGGUGAUCCUAUUACUCUAAAUAGAACUGAUGUGAAUGUGAACGAAAACUUCUUUGCUGCCUCUUCUUCUGCAAUGCGACUUUGUGAUCCAGAGGAUAAUUACAAGAGGGCUGUCAAGAAAAGCCCUAAUAACUCUAUGCAUUUGGAGAUGAUAAAAAGCAUGCUUCAUCAACAGCAACUGGAUUUCUACUACCAGGAAUUAGUUAUAAGAAAGAAAACACUGUUUCAGAAUUUAGACCAAACUUCCCAGCCUGAGGAAAUACAAAAGAUAUUAAGUCAGACAGCCCACAAUGGCUUCAAUGUAACAGAAAGUGCCCAGGAGAUAAAUACCAGCACAUUGUCAUUUCCCAGUGGAACAAGAUCAAAAUAUGCCUGUGUCCCCAAAAGACAGAUUCACAUACCUGCUCAUUUUCAGUCACCUGCUCAGUACAAACAGAUUUUUACAACCUCUCUGAUAGAACAUCUAAAUAUAUUACUGUUUGAAGUGUCCAAAAGAUUGCACCACGCUCUUUGGAAAGUUAACACAUCUUUUUAUACAUCAAUGAAAAUAGAGAAAGAAAAAAACAUAGAAAACAGCACACCAAUCUGUCAUCAUCAAGAGCAUGCAAAGCUUGUCAUGGUUAAAAAGGAAGGUCCAAAUAAGGGUCGUCUCUUUUACACUUGUGGUGCAUCAAAAGUCAACCAAUGUAAAUUUUUUAAGUGGUUUGAAGAAAUAACCCCAGCUAAUUUGACAUGGACAGAAUCUGUACCCUGCACUGUGUUACAUGAUAUAAAGAGUAUUGGAAUAUACUUAAGAUGCCAAAACAUAGCCCUCUAUGAGGAGUGUCAGCUUUUGGUGAGGAAACUAUUUGAUUUUCAAAGUAAACAGUGUGGCAAAUCAAAAAGAUUUGCUCAUAUAAAUCCUGAAUUUCUUAGUGAAUCUAAAAGUAAACUUUAUCUUAAACUGAGUAGGAGAGAAAAUUCUUCUACCUAUGGCAAAGAUGACCUCUGGGUAAUUUCAAAAACUCUAGAUUUUGAGCUGGAUACUUUCAUUGCUUGUAGUGUUUUUUUUGGACCGUCAUCAUACAACGAAGUAGAGCUCUUGCCUCUGAAAGGCUAUUUCCCUUCAAAUUGGCCAUCUGACACGCUGGUUCAUGCUUUACUAGUAUGUAAUGCUAGUACAGAGCUGACAACUUUGAGAAACUUGCAAGAAUACUUCAAUCCAACUACUGUACCUAUCAUACAGCACCUGUUAACAAUGUCUUCUUAUACUGAAUACAGCAAUAACAGAAUCAAUAAAAGAAAGUUUAUUCCACCAGCCUUCAAUAGGAUUACUAACAAGAACUGUGAACUACUCAGCUCUGAAGCAGCAUUGCAGCUAGCUAAUGAGAUAAUUCAAAUAUAUAAAUUAAACAUGGAUCAGGCCACAGCUCUUAUUCAGAUAACACUGAUGAUGGCAUCACAUGAAAAUGCUAGUGACCCUCAAGAGCAGCAUACCCUUCCUAUCACAAUCAUACAUGGUGUUUUUGGAGCAGGGAAGAGUUACUUACUCACAGUAGUGAUAUUAUUCCUUGUACAACUCUUUGAAAAGAGUCCAGCUCCAAGAGAUGUAGAUGCAAGGCCAUGGAAAAUUCUAAUUUCUUCUUCCACCAAUAUUGCUGUAGACAGAAUACUUCUUGGAUUACUCAAUCUUGGAUUUGAAAAUUUUAUCAGAGUUGGAAGCAUUAGAAAGAUUUCCAAGCCAAUUCUACCUUACAGUUUGCAUGCUGGCUUAGGAAAUGAAAAUGAGCAAUUAAAGGAGCUGCAUGCACUGAUGAAAGAAGACCUGACAGUUGUAGAAAAAAUAUAUGUGAGAAAAAGCAUCGAACAAUAUAAAUUGGGCACCAAUAGAGCUUUGCUGAAAAAGGUACAAGUAGUUGGAAUAACCUGUGCAGCUUGCCCAUUCCCAUGCAUGAAUAAUCUUAAAUUUCCAGUAGUUGUAUUGGAUGAAUGCAGUCAGAUGACAGAACCUGUUUCACUCUUGCCCAUUGCAAGGUUUAAUUGUGAAAAGCUAGUUCUUGUUGGAGACCCCAAGCAGCUACCUCCUACCAUUCAGGGUUCUGAAAGUGUUCAUGAUAGUGGGUUGGAACAGACUCUCUUUGACCGGCUUUGUUUAAUGGGUCACAAAACAAUUCUAUUGAGAACUCAGUACCGUUGUCACCCUGCUAUUAGUGCUAUAGCAAAUGAUCUCUUCUAUGAAGGAAAUUUAAUAAAUGGCGUUUCCGAAAUAGAGAGGAGCCCUUUAUUGGAAUGGUUGCCAACUCUGUGUUUCUAUAAUGUCAAAGGAAUUGAACAGAUUGAAAAAGAAAGCUUCCAAAAUGUGGCAGAAGCUGCUUUUACAUUCAAGCUUAUUCAAUCACUGAUUGUAAGUGGAAUAGAAGGAUCCAUGAUUGGGGUGAUAACAUUAUACAAAUCACAGAUGUACAAGCUCUGCACUCUAUUUAGCACUGCACAUUGUGACCAUCCUAACCUCAGGGCUGUCCAGGUGUCCACCGUUGAUGCCUUUCAGGGAGCAGAGAAGGAGAUAAUCAUCCUGUCUUGUGUGAGGACAAAACAAGUUGGAUUCAUUGACUCAGAAAAAAGAAUGAAUGUUGCCCUGACAAGAGGGAAAAGGCACUUGUUGAUUGUGGGAAAUUUGGACUGUUUGAAGAAGAAUAGACUAUGGGGAAAGGUGAUCCAACACUGUGAAGAGCAAGAAAAUGGAUUACAGCAUUCAAGUCAGUGUGAGCCAAACCUUAACCUCCUUCUUAAAAGAUAUUUGGAGAAAAAGAACAAAAUAAAAAAAGAUAAUUCUAACAACAAAUCUUUUUAACAAAAAGAUGUGAUAUAAUCUGCUAUUUAUGUGAAUUAAAAAGCAUUUGAUAACAAUUUUUUUAUUAUUAGAAAAUUUUGAAUACAGAAAAUAGUAGUCUACUCUCCUUAUUUUUUCCACACUGAUUAUAAUGUUCCUUUAAAUGAAAGGCAAAUAUAA